AUGAAAUUCAGUUCCCUUAUUUCAUUAUCUUUAUUAUCAACAAUUGCAUCAGCAAUUACUCCAAUUGAAGUUAAAGGUAAUGCCUUUUGGUUACAAGGCACCUCAACCAGAUUUUAUAUCCGAGGAUUAGAUUAUCAACCAGGUGGUUCCUCCCAAUUAGAAGACCCCCUUGCCGACACCGAUGUUUGUACUAGAGACGUAGAAUAUUUUAAAGAAUUAGGUAUAAACACCGUCAGAGUUUAUUCAAUCGAUAACACCAGAAAUCAUGAUGAAUGUAUGCAAAAAUUAUCCGAUGCCGGUAUCUAUGUCGUCAUUGAUGUAAACACCCCUUAUUCAAGUAUUACAAGACAAAAUGCCAGUUGUAGUUAUAAUACCGAUUAUUUACAAGAAGUCUUUGCCUCAGUCCAAGAAUUCGCCAAAUAUGACAACACCCUAGGAUUCUUUGCCGGUAAUGAAGUAAUCAACGAUGCCGAUUCCUUAGAUGCAGCACCAUACGUGAAAGCAGUCGUCAGAGAUAUCAAAACCUUCCUCAAAAACCGAAACCUCAGAACCAUCCCCGUGGGAUAUUCCGCCGCCAGUGUUGUAGAAUACCGCUUACCUGCAGCAUUAUAUUUCAAUUGUGGUGAUGAUGAAUUGGCAAGAAUCGACAUGUAUGGAAUCAACGAUUAUUCAUGGUGUGGCGAUGCCAGUAUGACAACCUCACAAUAUCUGAUCGAAAUGAGUGAUUUCGCCAAUUAUACUGUUCCCAUCUUUUUCAGUGAAUUCGGAUGUAAUACCGUUCGUCCAAGACCUUUCACUGAAAUCGAAGUAAUUUAUUCCACCCAAAUGAGUUCAGUCUUCUCCGGAGGAUUAGUCUAUGAAUACUCCAAUGAAGCCAACGACUACGGAUUAGUCGAACUCGAUGGAUCCAAAGUCACAAAACUUCAAGAUUUCACUAAUUUGAAAGACCAACUCGCCAAAUAUCCAGACCCAUCCGGUGACGGCGAUUAUAAUUCCAAUGGAAGCGCCAAUAAUUGUCCCGCUAAGAAUAGUGAUUGGGAUGUAUCGGAAGAUAUCCCCGACACUCCCGCUGGUGCAUUGAAAUAUUUGAGUGCGGUAGCUUUACCUACAGGACAUGGGUUUGAUGCAUAUGUCCAACAAGCUUGUAAUGAUCCUGAUAAUACUGUGGAUGAUUCUGGGAAGUAUUCUUCUACUGUUUCGAAUGAAUCUGCCGGUAGUGGUAGUGGUGCUACUUCGACUGAAAAGAAACAGAAUGAUGCUGGGGUUGGGGGACAAGCUAAUGGAUUCUUGGUUGGGUUGGCUGGUAUCCUUGCUGGAUUGUCAUUACUUUAG